GCAAACGAUGGCUCACUCAAAGACUCUCUUAGUGCUGGAAAACUUCAUAGGUGGCAAAUUUGUUCCUUGUUCCUCCUACAUAGACUCCUAUAACCCAUCCACUGGAGAUGUCUAUUGCAGGGUGCCAGACAGUGGCAAAGAAGAGGUGGAAGCUGCUGUCAGAGCUGCGAAAGCUGCCUUCCCAAUUUGGUCUUCAAAAAGUCCAUUGGAGAGAUCUCAGAUCCUAAACAAAUUGGCAGACCUGAUUGAACAUGAACUGGAAGCGUUUGCACAAGCAGAGUCAAAGGAUCAGGGGAAAACUAUUACAGUUGCUAGAACAAUGGACAUCCCUCGAGCUGUGUACAACUUCCGAUUCUUUGCCUCCUCCAUCCUUCAUCACACGACAGAAUGCACUGAGAUGUCGACUGUGGGCUGUGUGCAUUACACCUCGAGGAUGCCUGUGGGAGUCG